AGCCGCUUGUAGCCGCUCAGGAAUAACGACGUCUUUCAGUUGCCAGGUGCGAGUCCGGUCCUCGGGAAGCUGUUCAAUUGGUCCAUUGAAGAGGGACCGCCGCCUCAGGGCACGCCGGCCAAUCAGGAUGCAGGACGGCUGAGCCGGCGGCGCGUCGCUUCCGGCGGUUUCUCCACAGCCUCUGCGUGGGGGGGGAGCAUGGGAGCGUGGGAGCUUUGCGGCGGCCUCCGCCUCCUUUGUCGCGUCUCGGCUGGGCGUGGCUUCGUGCUGCUUUUGCCGGGUUGGGUGAGGCUGUCAGUGCUCCGGGGCUGGUAGUGAGUCCGUCUCAAGGCUGUUUUCAGGAAGCCGGCACCUCAGAUGCUCGAGGGAGCUCGAGGGUUUCGAGGAGCGUGAGGGCGGAGUGGAAAGGCCUGGAAGCCCAGUCGGAAAUUCUAAGGACUAUUCUCAUCUCCAAGUGUCCCAACGUGGGGACUUCGUUUCCCCAGAUGGCAUCGACGCUCCCCACAUCCGAUGACCAGGGAGCACUGUUGUUUGAAGAUCUGGAUGUGUAUUUUUCUCAAGAGGAAUGUGUGAGUCUGCACCCUGACCAGAAGACCCUCAGCAGAGAAGCCUCAUUGGAUUGUCACGAUUUAGAGUUGAUGGGAGGGGAAGACAAGACUGAGACCAGUCAGCAGUUAAGCCUAGAGUCUAUGGAACUUGAAGAGCUGUCCCUAGAAACAUACUCCAUUGCUGCACCCCUCGUCCAUUACUCUGAAAAAUCUGAGGAUGAUGUUGGAAGACAGGACAGGAAAAUGUCAGACGGAACUUUGACUUGCAAGACCAAGCUUAUAAGCCUCUUGGUUACCAUUGAAAACCAAACUCCAUUAGAAGAACUGUCUCAGUGUUUAGGAGUCAGAACACUUUCUGAUAUUAUUCAAGUUCCCUGGGAAGAAGCCAGUAAUGUAUACAAGUGUCCCGACUGCGACCAAAGCUUCAGUGAUAAUACAUACCUUGUUUUGCAUCAGAAGAUUCAUUCAAGAGAGAAAAAGUAUAAAUGUAGCACCUGUGAGAAGACCUUCAGUCACAGAACCAGCCUGAGGACGCACAGGAGGAUCCACACUGGGGAGAGGCCUUACAAGUGUGCCAAGUGUGCCGCCACCUUCCGGCAGCACUCACACCUGUCCCGGCACAUGCAUAGCCAUAUAAAGGAGAAACCACAUACAUGCAGUGUAUGUGGGAGAGGUUUUAUGUGGCUCCCAGCUUUGGCAGAACAUCAGAAGAGUCAUACUGAUAAAAAACCUUAUGAAUGUGCUGACCGAGAUCAACACUUUUGUCAGGAAACAAACCUGGCUUUGCCUAAUAAAACAGGCUCACCAGACACACCAUACCAGCACCCACAUUAUGGGAAGAGCUUGGAGCAGCCCUCAUACCCUGCUCUCCCAGAGAAGGACCCUAAGGAGGACUCUAAACACUGCAGUAUUGAUGAUGAAGACUUUUUUUCGUUCUCCAGGUUCAAACCCUUACAAUGUCUUGAUUGUGACAUGACCUUUCCUUGUUUCUCAGAGCUUGUUUCUCAUCAAACCGUUCAUGACAUGGAAAAACUUCAUAAGUGCAAAACAUGUGCAAAAACUUUUGCUUUAGAUUCAGAACUUGCAUCCCACGAGAAGACCCACAUAAGAGAAGAACCUUUUACAUGUACGGUGUGUGGGAAGAGCUUUAGAGUGAAGAUGCAGCUCAUCACUCAUAAACGAACCCAUAGGCGAAACACCAAGUAAAUACAAGCUUUUGCUACUAUGCGGGCUUUCAGUAUCUGUAUGGGGGGAAACACUGCUUAUGUGCGGGGCACUGUGCUAAGCAAGCACUUUACAUAUAUUCCAUGUAAUGUAGGCAGUAUUAUUUAUUACAUCUGGUUUAGAACUGAGCAGAUAUAAUCAGUAUUUCAUGGAUAGCAUAUGAAGUCAGGACUUUAACUCAGUUACUGGUCAGAUUCCAUUUGCUUUAUGUUUUAAAGAAACAGAAAACUUCUUUAAAAUUCAGUUUUUGACUCCUGAUGUGGUGGAGCAUGCCUUUAAUCCCAGCACUCAGGCAGCAGAGACAGGAGGCUCUCUGUGAUAUCAAGACCAGCCUGGUAUACAUACUGAGUUUCAGUCAAACCAAGGCUUCAUAGUAGGACUCUGUCUCAAAAAAUCAAAAUAAUUGAGUUUUUGUUAAAAUGAAGGUUAUCACUAUACUUUUUUUUUAAAUGUGGUUUCUAAGAAUAGUUUAGGAAGAGAAAAUUUUAUUUUUACUUUUGCCAGUUGUACACAUGUAAUGUCUAGGAAAAUGAAUAUUUUUAUACUUUUUGUUAAAACUAUUUCAGUGCAAUGUCUGUAUGGGAUUUUUUAAAUGUGAAUUUCUAGUUUAGGAUUUCAUAUAAAGUUAACAAAUGGCCCAACCUUUUUUUUUUUUUUAAGUAUGUGUGUGUGGAGGGGGUAUCUUGCUGUGGAGCCCAACUAACCUCAAAAUCUUUAGUGUCCUGUUUCCAGCGCCCAAGUGCCUGGAUUACUUGUACAUACUGUCACAUCCAGCUAGUUAACUGCUGAUGGCAGUAUCCAUGGAUCCCCACUUUGAGAGCUGAUGGCAGUGGAGAGGUUAGACUUCUGGGUGCGGGGAGAGUGCUUGUCCUCUGUAAGGUGAGGUGCCCCUGAUCUCCACCGAAGCACACUCCUGGCUGGUUACGAAUAACUAGAACUACUUUUUAGAAAGCAUGCUAAAUGCUGUGGGUAUAUUAUUUUGUUUAAUCUUCAAAAACUAUCUGAGAGAAGGGACUGUCCAUGUUUUAUAAAUAAACUGAAGCUCUCUGAGAGUAAAGUCAAUACUUUGCUAAGCAUACAAAGCAUUACAUCGUGAUGAGGUUGACAUCUGAAUUCAGAUGUUUUGUAACUCUUAAGGCUAUGUGUUUGCGACACUGCACUAUCAGUAUUUGUGUCACAUGCUCAGAUGAGGCUGGGAGAAGGAAGGGAGAGACAGUCAUCAUGGAGGCUGCCCUGGGACUUAGUAACUGAAGUCCUUAGUUUUAUCCAAAACUAUCUCAUGACUCUUAAAAAGCAAGAGUUUCUCUACGCCUUCCCACUUGAAUUCCUUGUCAUUAUAUUAAACCAGAGGAUUUUUUUUUAUUAAUUUGUAACAUUUCCUAUCUCUCUCCAAAGAAAAAUACAUAAUGUUCAGUUUUAACCAAAAUAAUUGAUAACAUAUAUGCCUUUAAGUACUGGUGUUACAGAUAAAUAUUAGAACAAAACAUUAUAUAUAGUUUUAAAAAGAACAAAAAAUGUAAGUAUACAUUCAUAUAGAACUACAGUUCACAACAAAGUAGAUUAUAUAUCAGUAAAACUAGCUAUAUGGUCUUUUGGUUGGUAUGCAAGGAUGAUUUCAUUCUGUUUAAAUAGCCUAUAAAAAUACAGUAUUUACUAAAAUAGAAUUACUGCUGGGAAAUUUCAUAAACAAAAAUAAAGCCCUCUUGAAGGCCAGUGGCUGAAAUGUAAUACCUAGGCAGUGUCCCUUCUACAGAAGAGCAGAUUGAGAAAAAGAUGCCAGCCAUGCAACUAAGCUCUUAAUGUUUACUAGAGACAGGAAGACCAUACUCACUGAGAGACUGAAGCCAGCAGGCUUGCCUUGUAUUGUUCCUCUCCUGGCUGUCGACCCUCUCCUAGUAAUAGAUCACUAUUUCAGCUGACCCACAGUUGAGACCAUAUGGACUGUAUAUCAAGGUCACGGUUGGCUGUUUCCCCACAUUUAGGAUCUAAAGCAUCAUUCUGUCAGGGAGCUGGGGGUCUUACACUUAAAAUGGCCUUUAGGUCUCUUUAGCCUUUUGUCAGAGGUGCUUUGAAUUAUGUAGUCUCUAGUCUCAAGUCUUGAAUACAAUGGUUGCUAAACAGCAGGAAGAGCAUUAGCUUCCCAUAUUCUUGCUUCUCAGAGGGAGGACCUGAUAUGGUGCCUCACAGGAUCUAAUGUUUUAGUGAAAACAAGAGUUGAAGGAUGGGGAGUGAACCUGGAAAAGAGGCCCCUACUAAUAGAGUUAGUACAGAAAGAGAAAAGAGGAAAUAUGUUAGAAGGUACAAAAGGUGGCUGAUAUAAAAGAUGGAAAUUGUCACUAUCACUUUUUUUUUUUGAGACAGGGUUUCUCUGUGUAGCCCUGACUGUCCUUGACCUGGCUCUGUAGACCAUGCUGGCUUCGAACUCAUACACUUGCCUCUGCACGGCUGUACAUCUUAACAUGGAAAUUCACAAUUUACCUUUCAGUGUUUGUAGUUUUCUGCAUCCUUCAGAUUUUGAAAGACUACCCACAAAAGGUUAGAAAAAAGGGACUUUUACAAAAAUCAUCAAUAUAUGUGAAAGUAAUUAAAUAGCCUUUGGUAUAAUAUUACUGGUGAUUGGUAUGCAGAAAAAAGGAAAAAUUAUAUGUCAGUUACUGUGAAAUAAGCAUAUAUCUAGUUACUUUCUUAUUGUGAACUUGUUCCUAAAAACAUUAGUUGUAUGUUAUUCUCAAGCUGCUCUGCCCCUAAGGAGUUGAAGGAAAAGCUGUAUCUACCAGUAGUACUUGAGUUACGUUUAUAAUAAUGACGUUUCCAUCCUCCUAAUAAUAUCGACAACUGGAGUAGAUUCCAUAUGAUUGCUCUUAAGUGGUAAUAUUAGCAAAUCAUUUUAGGUGCUAAUAACAACUACUGGAUACAGUCAAUGCAGGGAUAAAAAGAAUGCAAGAGUCUAUUGCUAUGAGUGGUUAGGUACUGGUUAGCUAACUACAUGUUGUAGGAGGGAUGUUGACACGAAGUGUGGAACUCAGACUUUGUGAGUUUUGUUGAUGCCAUGAUAAAAAUGUGAAUUAAACUGUUUCUUAACAAGACUGUGGGAAUACCAGGUUAAACUGUCAUGACUGAUGACAACAGCAUUUCCCAAUGGAAUUUAGAUGCUAGUAUUUAAGAAAUAUCACAUUUUAUUGUUGAGUUGAACUUAAACAAACUAGUUUUGUCUAGAAUUGUGCUGCUACCAAAAAUUUGCCGAUAUAUUCUUGUAACACUGAAAACAGCCAGCCCAGUAACUCAGGCAGUUAAAAAAAUGACAUUUUUGUCUUCGAUGCCUAAAGUUCCAUAAAAUUAAUUAGCAGUGUUCUGGUGAGUGUAAUGUAAGCUGUCAAACAAUCUGAAAAUACAGAUUUUGCUUUAAAUAAUCUGUAAUUUACUGUCUAUGUAUUCAAAGGGAGGUGUAGGUGAUAGCUAUAUAAAAAGAUCCUAUUUUGAAUGACUUUUGCUUUGACUUUUUGUUAAAAAGGUAAAAGAUGUUUACUGUGUGUAUAUUUAACUGUUUUAGUUUUGCAUCUUAGAGCUAUUUAUGACAGUGCUACAAAAAUUACCAUUACCUGUCUUUCCAAGGACUGCAUAACUACAGGUGUUUCGUGUCUUCAAACUGAGAUAUCUGUCUGCAUGAAUGGUCUAAGUGAAAGGGGAUACAGCAUAUCUAUACAACCCUAAGACUGUUUUACCAUGUCUAAGUUAUGUUGAUGCUAGUUAGUUUUCUGUAUGCACUUCUGCUCGUUUACCAUUUCAGCGUUACUGGUUUUGAUGCAUUCCCAUCGGUCUUGGCUCUAGACUGCAAUCUCUCAACUGUGAAUAUAUGUGCAAUUUAUCAUCUAAUAAAUGUUAUUUUAUUGUGAUGGCAAA